UUAUAUAAAGUACAUACAGUUAUCUUGUUAAAUUCAUUGAAAUGUUUAUGGCUGUUAAAAAAAAAUUAUAUAUGCACGUGCAAUCGCUGAGCGUGACUCGUUUGCAGCCCUUUACGCGAAAACGAAGGAGCUGAGGCGAAAGCGUUUGCUGGUCAUCGAAGGAUCCACGAGACACGAGCAUUUAAAGGGCAGGUUUGCAGUUUGGGUCUUGCCGUUUACCUGAUACACGUAUACGGAAAAAUUACGCGUGUAGUGGUACGCUGUUCAAACUACGCGCGCGGCUAGGUUCAAAGCUUAAAGCUAAGACAUAACAGCAUUCUAGACUGGGUCUACGCUAUGGGCGAAAAAAUCCGCAAAUUUUACAUCAAGACUUUUAGUUCCACUUUUCUUCACCGUACGCGCUGCGAUCGAAAUUCCGCAAAUCUUACAUCACUGCGUGUGGCGACGAAGUGGCUACUUCCAUAAUUACAACUGUACGCAUUCCGCACUACAAACUAUAAGUAUUUAUUCUAUGAUUUAUUCUUUCCAUCUUCCAUCCGUUCUAUUCGUUCGGCGUUAACCCUCCAUGCGUCGUGUCCAGUCGUGUCCAUUGUGUAACCUAACGAACGUCAGUACAUAACUGCAGCUACGAUAAAAUUUAGUCAUUGAGACUCGAGAGAAGCUGAUCGACGUAUUCCGUCUUAUCAUUAUCAAUUAAUUUUAAUGAAUAACUAAACCAAGGCUUAUAUAUAUAUAUCGGCAGUCUAUAAGGGAGAUAUUGCCUAGACUUGAAGAGGCGAUCUGAGCAGGAAAUUUUUAAACAGUGAUUUAAUUAAUAACAAUUCCCCACGGACCGGACGAUAUGGAGGAACUGGUUAUGAGCAAAUAUGCGAUUUACAGAACUCAAAAGCCUACGAACACACCGCUCCACAUUGCUGUGUUGAAUUGCUCCAUAAAAACAGUAAAAAGACUCAUUCACAGCGGUGCUCACGUGAAUGCCAAAAAUGCAGAUGGCUCUACUGCACUGCAUUUAGCUAUUCUGCAGAGAAACAAAAAUAUUGUACAAAUCCUCCUAAAACAUGGUGCCAAUGUCAGUUUGAAAACUAAAAAGGGCGAGGUACCGCUUCAUUUUGCUGCGCGAGAAGGACAAGAAGAAAUUUGCUGGUUGUUAAUCAAAGAAGGAGCUGACGUGGAUGCCGAAGACGAACGUGGAAAAACAGCACUGCAUCUGGCCAUUACGGAGGGACACAAAGAUAUUGUACAAAUCCUCGUAGAUCAGGGUGCCGAUGUCAACUUCGGAACUAAAAGGGGAGAGAUACCGCUUCAUUUGGCUGCGCGACUAGGACUAGAAGAAAUUUGCAGCUUCCUAAUCGAGAGAGGAGCUGACGUGAAUGCCGAGAACAGAUACGGAUUAACAGCGGUAUUUGAAGCCAUUAUGAAGAAACACAAACGUAUCGUACAAAUCCUCGUAGACCAGGGGGCCGAUCUCAACUUGAAAUCUCGAAUUCCCGAGACUCUGCUUCAGUCGAUUAUAAAAGAUGAACUAGAAGUUUGGACGUAUCCACACACUGGAUGCUCUAACUCGUUUGGCUUAACCGAAGACGGAAUCACAGCGCUGCAACUAGCUAUUCCGAUGGAACACAAAGAUACUAAAGAAAUCCACUUAGACCAUGGUGGCGAUGUCAACUUGGGAACUAAAAAGGGUGAAACACCGCUUCAUUUUGCUGCGCGACUAGGACUAGAAGAAAUUUGUAGGUUGUUAAUCAAAAGAGAAUCUGACGUGAAUGCCGGAGACUUAUAUCGAUCAACGCCGCUGCACCAAGCCAUUCAGAAGAGACACAAAGAUAUCGCACAAAUCCUCGUUGAUCAGGAUGCCGAUGUCAACUUAAAAACUAGAAUUUGCGAGACUGUGCUUCAGUCGAUUAUAAAAGAUAAAAUAGAAGUAUGGAAGUAUCCUGGAUGCUCUACCGUGUUUGGCUUAACCGAAAACGGAAUCACAGCGCUGCAACUAGCUAUUCCGAUGGAACACAAAGAUAUUGCAGAAAUCCACUUAGACCAUGGUGGCGAUGUCAAUUUGGGAACUAAAAAGGGCGAAACAACGCUUCAUAUUGCUGCGCGAGUAGGACUAGAAAAAUUUUGCAGGUUGCUACUCGAGAGAGGAGCUGACGUGAAUGCCAAAGACGAAAGUGGAAAAACGGCACUGCACGUAGCCAUUAUGGAGGGACACAAAGAUAUCGUAAAAUUCCUCGUAGAUCAGGGUGCCAAUGUCAACUUGAAAACGAAAAGAGGGGAGACACCGCUUCAUGUUGCUGCGCGGUUAGGACUAGAAGAAAUUUGCCGGUUGUUAAUCAAAAGAGGAGCUGACGUGAAUGCCGGAGACUCAUAUCGAUCAACGACACUGCACCAAGCCAUUCAAAACAGACACAAAGAUAUCGCACAAAUCCUCGUAGAUCAGGAUGCCGAUGUCAACUUGAAAACUAAAAGAGGCGAGACACCGCUUCAUUUUGCUGCGCGAUUAGGACUAGAAGAAAUUUGCCGGUUGUUAAUCGAAAGAGGAGCUGACGUGAAUGCCGAAGACUUAUAUCGAUCAACGACGCUGCACCAAGCCAUUCAGAAGAGACACAAAGAUAUCGCACAAAUCCUCGUAGAUCAGGGUGCCGAUGUCAAUUUGAAAACUAAAUCUGGCCGGACACCGCUUCAUUUUGCUGUGAAAGUAGGACUAGGAGAACUUUGCAGGCUACUAAUCGAGAGAGGAGCUGACGUGAAUGCCAAAGACGAAAGUGGGAAAACGGCACUGCAUCUAGCCAUUCAGGGGAGACACAAAGAUAUCGUACAAAUCCUCGUAGAUCAGGGUGCCAAUGUCAAUUUGAAAAUUGAAAGGGGCGAGACACUGCUUCAUUUUGCUGCUCGACUAGGAAUAAGAGAAAUUUGCAGGUUGUUAAUCAAAGGAGGAACUGACGUGGGUGCCGAAGACAAAAGUGGAAAAACGGCACUGCACGUAGCCAUUAUGGAGGGACACAGAGAUAUCGUACAAUUCCUCGUAGAUCAGGGCGCCGAUGUCAAUUUGAAAACUAAAAGAGGCGAGACUCCGCUCCAUUUUGCUGUGCGAGGUGAACAAGAAGAAAUUUGCAGGAUGCUAAUCAAAGAAGAUGCUGACGUAAAUGACAAAGAUGUAAGUGGAUGCACAGCGUUACAUUUUGCCGCUGAAUGUGGUCAAAUGCGUAUCAUGCAGAUACUCCUGUAUUCGGGCGUCGACAUUAAUUCCAUAAAUAAAACUGGUAAUACUGCACUUCAUCUUGCAUCUCGCGCCAAUCAGUACGAAGCCGUUCUGACUCUUAUAGAAAAUGGUUCUAACGUGAACAUGGUUAAUAAAUACCAUAAAACAGCGUUAGAAUUAUACUACUCUAAGUAUGGAUUUAUGAGUCACUAUAAGUGUACUAAUAUCCAACAGCAACUAUUAAAAAUGCAGAUUGCUAGGUUGAACGUGAAUAACGGAAAUAUGGAGAAUCUUAGUAUCACUACGGAUAUAAACGGGCAAUCUCAGUUUGAAAAGAAAUGUAUUGAAGAGAUAAAGAGAAUGAAAAACACGAAAAUUAACAAUACUAUCGUGACAUUCCACGAUAUCCUAAUAAAACGCAUAGACCAAAUAGCAUUAUAUGCAAGAAAUAAAAAUGUUGUUCAGGGUUUGAAACGGAGCAAUUACCAGACAGAAUUUCCUAUGUACAAAGACGUAAUAAAACAUCGUUUCAACAGAGGUAUGUUCCGAAAGAAGUCGUUAGACGAGAGCGUUAGAUUGUUCCGCCGUUACAUCAAUAGAGAUUGUGAUUUACUUUGUAUUCAAGGAAUAUUAAGCUACCUUAGUAACACGGAUUUAAUGAAUUUGAGAAAUGCUUGUAAAAACGUACGUAACAAAAUGGGAAACACUGUAAAUUGUGUAAAUACUUGUUCGUUAACAUUUUUACACUAAUAAAUAGUCAUUUUGCGCUUUA